CUAAGUGGCAUCAACCCCCGCCCAUAGACUCUGCCACUUCCUUUUCACGUUUAAAUGACCACAGAGACUCAAACAGAUGGCAUAUCUACCGACACCGAUGACUGUGGGAAGAAUUAGAUUUUCCAUUAAGCAUUCUUUAAGGAAAUGACUGGCUGAGUCGUGAUUUCCGUGAAGAGCUCGGUGGAAAUGGUUAUCCUCGUUAUAAUGACAGAAGCGGAGGACGUGCAGACAGACGUUGAAGACAGCUCGUGAGAAGAAACGUUUACACUCAUCCACUGAUGUUCAACUUUACGGUGAAAACAAACGCACGUCGGACUGCGUCAACCCGACAAGGAUGGUCUGCAAUCCCUUUCUUGGAUCUCCAAGGAUAUGAACUGACACCAGGGCUGGAUUGACUUUUGCGCAACACAUACUCAAACUCUCAUACACACAUGCACGGUGAUACCAACUGUGUUACAAGGGCAGAAGACAAUGUGCCUGCUAGUAACAGCGUAGCCAGAAGAAGCAACAUGUUCUUCCAACACAGAUGGCAAGUUUCAUUAGGGACCUUGAUUGUGAUUGCAGGUCUGGUGCUCUUUGUGACAUUGGGGCCUUACACUAUUCUCAUUGGCUUGGCCUUAGUGUGUCUGGGGCUCUUCAUCCUCAUCCAUUCCUUCUGCAUGGACAUCAAAACCAGUCAUGUAGCUGUGACGGGUCACUUACUUCUACACCCGCGAACGGGCACCCGUUACACCCACCAUCAAGCCAUUGCGGUGCAGAGGAGGCUGGAUCGGAUCCGGAGGGCUACGGCAGAGGAUAGCAGUACAGUCCAAGUGCCUCCCACCUCAGACGCCAAUUCACAGAGCCAACCUGCAACACCCCCUCCCUGGCAAAUGGAGCCACCGCCAUCCUAUGAGACUGUUAUGAAGACCACUACAGCUGUGAACCAGCUAUAACCACUGCUGGGACUGUCGACACCAACAUUUAAUGAUUGAAAAGCUGGUCUAACUUGGGGUGUACAGAUACAGUACCGGUCAAAAGUUGGGAAACAUUACUGUUUUUAAGUUUUUUUUUAAAGAAGUCUCUUAUGCUCAUCAAAGCCUGCAUUUAUUUGAUCAAAAAUACAGAUUAAAAAACAGUAAU